AUGUCACUCCGACGGUCCCUGUCUCGUUCUCGGCAUAUCUCCGCCAGGUGGAGUUCCCAUCGUGCUGUACAUCAGAGAAUCCACAAUAGGGAUAAACUUUAUGAAUGCAAGGAAUGUGGAAAGACAUUCAGUCGGACCUGCACUCUUGCUGUACAUCAGAGAAUCCAUACUGGGGAGAAACCUUAUGAAUGUAAUCAAUGUGGAAAGACAUUUAGUCAGAGGUCCAGUCUUGUUGUACAUCAAAGAAUCCACACUGGGGAAAAACCUUAUGAAUGCAAUCAGUGUGGAAAGACAUUCAGGGAGAGGUUCCAUCUUGUUGAGCAUCAGAAAAUCCACACUGGAGAGAAACCUUAUGCAUGCAAGGAAUGUGGAAAGGCAUUCACUCGGAGCUCACAUCUUGUUGUACAUCAGAAAAUCCACACUGGCGAAAAACCUUAUGAAUGCAAGCAAUGUGGAAAGAAAUUCAGGGUGAGGUCCUCUGUUCUUGUACAUCAGAGAAUCCACACUGGGGAGAAACCUUAUGAAUGCAAGCAAUGUGGAAAGUCAUUCAAUCAGAGGUCCCAUCUUGAUGUACAUCAGAGAAUCCACACUGGAGAGAAAACUUAUGAAUGCAAGCACUGUGGAAAGAUAUUCAAGGAGAGUUCCAGUUUUGCUCAUCAUCAGAGAUUCUACAUUAGGGAGAAACCUUACGAAUGCAAGCAAUGUGGAAUAGCUUUCAGGUGGUGCUCCCAACUUGCAAAACAUCAGAGAAUCCACACUGGGGAGAAACUUUAUGAAUGCAAGCAAUGUGGAAAGACAUUCAGGAGGAGCUCCUAUCUUACCGAGGAGCUCCUAUCUUGCUGA